AUGGCCACAGGAAUCUGUCACACAGAUGACCACGUGGUAAAAUGAGCAAUGGUGUCUAAGUCUCCAGGGAUUGUGGGAUGUGAAGCACUGGAGAGAACUGGAGGAGGAGUCACUACAGUGAAACUGGGUGACAAAGUCAUCCCCCUCUUUUUGCCUCUAUGCAGAGAAUGCAAUGUUCUCAAUCUGGAUGGCAACUUUUGCAUUAGGAAUAACGCUACUGGUCGUGGAGCAGUUGCUGAUGGUUCUACCAGAUGUACCUGCAAGGGCAAACCAGUCUGUCACUACAUGAACACCAGUGUGUUUACUGAGUACACACUGGUGCAUGAAUCUUCCAUUGCUAAGACUGAUGAUGCAACUCCAAGAGUCUAUUUAAUUGGAUGUGGAUUUUCUACUAGCUAUGGGAUUGCCAUUAAAAUGAGCAAGGUAGGGGCACCCAGGUCACCCUGUGGUUUAAAUUGUGCAGUCUUUGGCCUGGGAAAUGGCCUUUCAGUCAUCAUGGGCUGUAAGCUGGCUGGGGCACCCAGGUUUCUUGGAAUUGACCUGAACAAAGACAAAUUUGAGAAGGCCAUAUCUAUGGGAGCCACCAAGUGCAUCAAACCCCAACUCGAGCCCCUUGGUGCGAUGCUGUCAGAAAUGACAGGUGACACCGUGGCCUACAGUUUUGAAGUCACUGGGCAUCUUGAAAGGAUUGAUGCCCUUGCAUCCUGCUAUGGAACCAGCAUAGUGGAAGGUGCUCCUCCAUGAGUCAACAUGCUCACCCAUGACCCUCUGCUGCUCCUCACUGGACACAACAUGGAUAGGAUAUUUUAG